UUGGCAUUGUCACACUAUCCAAGAUGGCGACCUGGAUUAAACAACCUUGGAUCGAGAACGCCUUGAAGAGCUGUGCCAACAGUUUGCCUAAAAUUGCAAGAGCACAAGUAUUGAAGCUUGAAGAAACAUCAGCUGUAAUCAGUGACAAAAAGCUCUUUGUUAAAGCUGAGUUCUCUCCAGCUGCCAUUGAGGAAUUUAAAAGAGAUAAUACAAGUCUUCAGCUUAAUGACAUCCUAGGUGGGCUGAUUUUUAUCAAAAAAUACUCAGUGCGUGCCACUGAGGAAAACGAGUUGGAUCAUGCUGAGUUUUUAAUCAGCAUUGAAGAGUUCAAGUUUGCUGGAGGGGAGGGCAACACACAGUUUGGUAGUGAUGUCACAGAUAGUUCAGCCUGUCCCCAGUUUAAGGCCAGACUACAGCAACUGUGGAGAGCCGGACAACUCAGGAAACAACUUGUGGGAGGUAAUAGUGAACAUUCUCCCCCCACCUGCCCAUGUUUUGUUUUACUUUGUUUUUCAUUUGUUUGUUUAUUUAAAAUUUUUGCUGGAGCCUGCAUGACCAAGUUUUUUAGGGCACUAGAUUUGAAAUCUAGAGUCCAUGGUUCAAAACGUCUGCCCAGCUACUAAGCUAAGCUGGAUUUGUUUUUUUCCAGGUGUUAAGUUCAACUCUGUGGCUAUGCUUUGUAACCUAGGAAGUGAAUAACUAG